AUGCCCCCCGCUCGCGGCGCGCUCCGCCCCCGCCGCCCCGAGGCCUCCAUCCGCGCCGGGCUCCGCCAGGUCUUCAGAGCUCCCGGAACGACAGCGCCUGCGCAUUCAAGAGCCCGACGAAGGACCGCAGCCACCUGCGCUCAUUUGAUGCCAGGCUUCUGCGACGGCGUGCUGACGUCACGGCGACACGUGAAGUGGGCGGGGCUAAAUGCCAGAUGGGUGGGGCGAAGGAGAUUGCUGGUGGGUUAG